GUAUCUCACACUCGCCGCUCUUAUCCCCUUCUCCAUCUCUCCCUGAACUCCGAAAAUCUUAUCCGAGCUUCAGCCAUGGCUGCUUCCGCUUCAUCUCUUGCCCUCUCCUCGUUCAAACCUAAAUCCCUUCCUCUCUCCGUCUCCAAACCCGCUUCGCUAUUUCUCCUACCCUUCUCCGUCUCGUUUAAGCUUCACUCCGAGCCCAUCUCGGCCUCUCUCUUUACUUCCUCCGCCGAUAAAUGCCUCGCCGCCGGCGAUUUUCCGUCGCGGUUCUUGCGAAACGUCUCCAUUUCUUCGGACUUAGAGGUGGAGGAGGACGGCAUGUUUGGUGGCGAUGCCGAGGAGGAGGAGCCUGGGUUCUCUCCUGAUCUCAAGCUCUUCGUGGGUAAUCUUCCCUUUAGCGUUGACAGUGCUCAGCUCGCUGAUUUGUUCGGUAGCGUCGGAAAUGUUCAGAUGGUUGAGGUAAUUUACGACAAAGUGACUGGCAGAAGCAGAGGUUUUGGGUUCGUGACAAUGUCGACGGUUGAUGAAGUCGAGGCUGCAGCCCAACAGUUCAAUGGCUAUGAAUUUGAAGGCAGACCCUUGCGAGUGAACUCAGGUCCUCCUCCACCUAGGAGGGAAGAACCCUUCUCUAGAGGACCCAGAUCCAGCUUUCCAAGUUCUGGUUCGGGUUCAAGCUCGGGUCCAUCGAGCCGUGUUUAUGUGGGCAACCUUGCUUGGGCAGUCGAUGACAUGGCGCUUGAGAGCAUGUUCAGUGAGCAUGGCAAGGUUGUUGAGGCUAGGGUUAUCUAUGACAGGGACAGUGGUAGAUCCAAGGGUUUUGGAUUUGUGACAUACAGCUCUCCUCAAGAAGUAAAAAACGCCAUCAGAUCCUUGGAUGGUGUUGAUCUGGAUGGCAGACAAAUACGAGUCUCAAUGGCCGAGUCUAGGCCACCAAGGCGCCAGUUUUGAGCAUCCACCAAUUCUCGAAAUGCAGAUUCUGGAAGGGACAUGUCAUAACAGAUUCAUGGGUUUGUGGCUUGGAUGCAUGAAGGUCGUAAAGUUACGGUCUUUUUUGAGAAAUUACCGCUAGGUUUAAGCCAAUACCGUGUUCUGUAUCUCUGAAUGUGCCCCGAGAUCGACUGCUUCGUUUUGGUUUAGAUUCGGUUUUCCUUUUCAAGUUCUUGCCUUUUGACUUCGGUAUUGUGAUUGAUUGGUAGUCUGAUUUCUAGUUUAUGUUUCGAUCCUUUUGCAUGAAUUUGUUAAA